GGUAAAAAUAGAAAGUGCGAAAGUGGGGCGGCCGGACGUUCGCGCGUAAACGUAGUUGCGUGCACCGUACCGUAUACGACCACCCGUCGAGAUAAUCAGCGCGGAAAGGGAAUACGCAAACGAAUGAAAGGGGCUUCAGAAUUAACGGAAGCAGACGAACAAGGAAUAUAGCGUCGUCUGCACUUCGCGUGCAUAAAAACCGUCUGGAAAUCUGCGUUAACAGGGCCAGCCGUAGGGCGCACUAUUUCUAUCCGCUGCCCGAACAACUCCCUCACGAUGUUUAUCUCUGAAUACGCAGGCUUGUUCGUCGAUCUGUAAGGUUAAAGCAGCGAGAGAACGAGACGUCCUCGGUAGCUGGCAAAUCCAGGGAAAGUUGGCCCUAAACUUGGCCGGGCAGCCGAAUGCGGGACUAUACUUCCUGUCGCGCGAGGAGCAGACGAAGCGCGUCGCCCGCUGCUGCGCGCAACUACCGGGAAGGGGCGGCUCGCAGGCCUGCGGAUUCCUUUUGAAACGUCGUUUGAGAACGGGCCCCCUCUGCAUGAUGGAAAGGAGUUGACAAGCGCUCCACUGCGCAUCUGUUGCCGUCCAGCUCUUGCGGCGGUGCGCAUAGGCAAAUCGCGGCGACGUUUCUAUUCCUUCCCGUCCAUUCUGUACCCUUAAAUUUGCUACGUAGCGCCUGCGAACAGCUGCAUAGGUGCAUAGGCGCAGGAAAGAACAGUGCAGUGGACCAACGGCUGUCAUUUAGGUGUUCUUGCGUGCUACUUUGCGGUCCAAAUAGGCUCUUGUUUUUGCCUCUUGCGCAGAGACUGGUUCACAGUGCCACCUCGCUUGAAUUAGGUUCGCGGCGAGCGUGGAAUAGAAAAAAAAAGCUAUACAUAUAAUAAAACAGGGCGAAGGACAAAACACGGCCAGGCCCCUGCGCGCUGGCGGAAGACGGCCCACUCAGACAGUCGAGGCUUGCAGAACGGUAUCGUGUCGAGCGAGGACGAGUACCUUCAUUGCCAUGGCUUUUCCUGCUAACGAGCGAAAGGGUUUCGCGACAUGGUUUCUUUGCUGCUGCUGGUGGCGGCUCCUUGUCAUCGGCGCAUCAGCCGGAAGUCACAAAGGCGUCGGCUGGAGUUACGGAGGGAAAGGAACUGACGAGUGGGCGGAGCUUCCCAUGGGCGGGAUGAACCAGUGUGGCGGCAAAUUCCAGUCACCCAUCAACAUCAGAACGCACGAGACCAGGUUCAACAUCUCGCUGGGCCUGCUCCAAUACUCCGGCUACGGAAAAGACCUGCGGGACGCCUUCGUCGUGAACAACGGUCACACAGUUUUGGUGGCGGCCCCGAAGGGAGGUAGCAGCGCGACAGUGACUGCCAAGGGCCUGCCCGGCGUGUACAGGUUCAAUCAGUUCCACUUCCACUGGGGAUCCAACUCUACGCUGGGCACCGAGCACCAUAUCGACGGUGAAGCCCACGCCAUGGAGAUGCACCUGGUACACACUAACACGAAGUACGCCACAGCUGAGGAGGCCUACAGACACCAGGACGGUCUCUUGGUCAUCGGCGUGAUCUUCAAGGUCUAUCGGCGCGACAACCGAGCGUUGAACAGCGUCGUCUACUCGCUGGACCGCAUGAUCAAGCUGCGGACCAAGCGAGCGAAGCUGUCCAAGGCGAUCUCACUGUCGGACCUUCUCCCGAGUAACCCGAGACAGGCCUACUUCUACAAGGGCUCCCUCACCACGCCCCCCUGUGCCGAGGCAGUCACUUGGGCGGUGCUCAAGAGACCGGCAAAAAUAAGCGAAGAACAGUUGAGGGCAUUUCGUCACCUGGAAGCUGAAAGCGUGGACAAAGAUGGCAAGGAGCGCUUGGUGAACAACUUCCGGCCUACCAUGCCACUGCACGGACGGGACGUCUACAGGAACUUUCUGAUCAUCCCAGACAACGUUAAAGGGCCGCGGAAGGGAAAGGCUACGUUGGAGAAAGUGAGAUUGAGAGGCCAGCCUUGUUGGAACUAUGACAAUGACCAGUCGUGGUCGUGGCCCGAGUUCCAAUGCAUCGAGAACAACUCGUGCGGCGGGGCGCAGCAGUCUCCAGUGAACAUCGAGACGCUGAGCGUGGUGCACGACGUCGGCAUGAAGCCGCUCGAGUUCUACGCCCACGACGUCCCGCUCCGCAACUUCACGGUGCACAACGACGGCCUGUCACUGACCCUCCGGCCUUCGCCAGCGGACAAGACCAAGAGGACAGUGCGGGGCGGUCAUCUGCAGGGCACCUUCGAGUUCACGCAUGCGCUGUUUCACUGGGGUUCCACUUCGUCGCAGGGCUCCGAACACCGCCUCGACGGCAUCGCAUACCCCAUGGAGGCACAGCUGGUGUACACAAACGAGAAGUACGCCAACGUAGAUAAGCCGGACCAGACGGACAGGAUUGCCAUUAUCUCAACGCUCUAUCAGCUGACGUUCGUGAACUUCGAUUCGGUGAGGGCGAUGGGCGGCGUGCUGGACGCCCUCGAGUCCGAGGCGCCGACCCGGCGACGCCGCCGUACGCUCCGCCGCUUGCUACGCCGCUUGCUGCCGUGGAUGGUGCGCCGUCUGGCGGGCUCCGGGUCCGGCGCGGCCAAGGGCGCGCCGUUCCCGCUGACGCUGAACAGCCUGAUGCCCCCAGCGGACCUGCAGGAGUUCUACACUUACCGCGGCUCGCUGACCACGCCCCCCUGCACGGAGUCCGUGCGUUGGACCGUGUUCAGAAAGAACGCGUUCGUCUCCGAGACGCUGCUGCACCGCCUGCGCAGACUCCGUGGGCACACCAAGAGCAGCUUUCUCUCGGACAACUUCCGACCGCCGCAGAGGCUGCACGGUCGCAAGAUCAUCUCUUCCUUUCGCCCCUUCUGA